UUGAACUAAUCCAGGAAUUAGGUUUAGGAGAAGCGGCACUCAAAAUAACACAAUGUGAAAUAAAAUAAAAGCCAAGGACCAGGAGAUUUACUGGAAGUGUCAUGUGCUUACAGAUAAUGAGUCGUUCGAGUUCAUGGGGUCACGGACGCAACCUCACGCAGUCAUUCUAGUUAAAAUAAUAAUGAUGGGAUGUAAAUCUGUGCAGAACUAGACACUGUGUUGCAUGAUUGUUUUACAGAUCGGCAUUGUUGGCCGCACAGGAGCAGGCAAAUCGAUCCUGACCAACUGUCUGUUCCGCAUCAUGGAGGCAGCUGAGGGAAGUAUCUCAAUAGAUGGAAUCAACAUCUCCACCCUGGGCCUCCACUCUCUCAGGAGCCGAUUAACCAUUAUUCCACAGGACCCAGUGCUGUUCGCUGGGACUCUUCGGAUGAAUCUAGACCCUUUUGAAGUGUUCGGUGAUGAGGAGAUCUGGAAAGUGUUAGAAUUGUCUCACCUGAAGGAAUUUGUGGUGACUUUGCCAGCAGGGUUGCAGCUUUUUUGUGCAAGAAAAUAAACAAUAAAUAACAAC